AGCUCCUCCUCCAGCCCCUGCCUCUCUGUACUUCCUCAUUCAUAGGACUGCAGGCUGACACCCUUCUGCAACUAAGUUCUGUGUACAAGGGGCUGCGGAUAUCUCGUCCUGCACUUUUGCCUCCCUGCUGGAUCUCACUGAGGAAGCAGCCCAGCUCAUACAGCACAAGCCAGCACCAUGUCUAAACCACCGCCUAAGCCAGUAAAGCCAGGUCAAGUAAAAGUGUUCCGAGCUUUGUACACUUUUGAACCUAGAACACCUGAUGAGCUUUAUUUUGAUGAAGGGGAUAUUCUGUAUAUUUCAGACAUGAGCGAUACAAAUUGGUGGAAAGGUACUUGCAAAGGAAAAACAGGCCUGAUACCAAGCAACUAUGUUGCUGAACAGGCGGAGUCUAUAGAUAACCCACUGCAUGAAGCUGCGAAAAGAGGUAACUUGAGCUGGUUGAGAGAAUGUCUGGAGAACAGAGUUGGAGUCAAUGGUUUAGACAAAGCUGGAAGCACUGCCUUGUACUGGGCUUGCCAUGGAGGGCAUAAAGAUGUUGUCGAACUACUACUUUCUCAACAGAAUAUUGAACUAAAUCAACAGAACAAAUUAGGCGAUACAGCUUUGCACGCGGCCGCAUGGAAAGGAUACGCAGACAUCGUAGAGUUGCUGCUGUUGAAAGGUGCAAGGACAGAUCUAAAAAAUAAUGAGAAAAAGCUUGCUUUGGAAAUGGCUACGAAUGCUCAGUGUGCCUCAUUGCUUAAAAAGAGACAAGCACAAGGUGUUGUACGAACGUCCAGCAAUGCUGAAGAAUAUCUCGAUGAUGAGGACUCGGAUUAGUUGUUAUGUACAAAUACCCUGUCAUUCCACUCUCCACUGUCAUUCCAGUCAUUCACUUCAUAAGUUGCUGCCAUCACUCUUCAUCUCAGGCCUUAAUAAAAGUGGCCGUUCGAGCAGACUUUUGUCUUUAUCUGUGAUUUAGGAUAUGAGUCUUUCAAUAAAAGAAACAAUAUAUUUUAUAGUCUAUUCCAUCUUCUUUUUGGCGUUACAGAAUUGUUCUUAGCUAUCACCUUAAGGUGAGAGAUAUUAAACACUUCUCUGCAGACAAUAAAUAUGAUGCAUGUUGUUAAUGUGAUGCUAUUUUUCCGCAGGAACUACAUGUGGGUCCUUUUGAUGCAGCACAGUAUAGAAGUAGCCUUUUAAAUAAAGUGUGUGUGUUUUAUUGUCACACCUAUAUUUCAAGAAGCAAAUAAAAAUAAAAGUCUGUUUUAAAAUAAAACCUAUUAUAACCGGGUAUAAAAACUACUUUCCCUAUAAAAUGGUUUACCAACAAUAAAAAAAUUGUAAAGACAAUAUGUUAUGAAAGUAUAUACACAAUUGUCAUUUGAUGCUUUUUUUUAAAAAAAACUUUUGUUAAUGCCACAAAUACCAAGGCCAAAAAAAACAGGUUAUAUUGCUUUCCUACUAAAUUGUUUACCUGUAAACUUGGUUCCUUUUAAAUAUUUUCAACCCUCUGUCUGUUUGUUUGUUUGUUUGUUCUCUUCUCUAUGAUUAAAUAUAUAUUUAACAAAAUAAGAAAAAAAUGUUGAAUGAAUAAUACAACUAUAAAAAUAGCAAGCUAUAAUGUUUUUACUGAUCGAACAAUCAACUGUUAUAUUUAAACUUUUUUUUGCAUACAAUAAAUAUUUCUUAAAAUA